GUCAAAACAGGAACUGUUCUGCACCAGUUGACGUGUUUUUACCGCUCAUUUCACAGUAGUACACAGAUUUUCUUUACUUAUACUGUCUUAACAGGUUUAAUUUGUUUCUUAUAGGGAACCAAACAGCAGGCGAGUCGAAACAACCGCCGCCAAACAUGCAGACAGAGAAUGAGGAAGAGGAUGAUUCAUCUCCUGAAGAAUACGUUGCCUUGUCUAAUUUCACUGGAGGUGGCAGCGACCAGCUUACUUUCAGCAGCGGGGACAGACUGCUCGUGCACGCCAAGCCUUCAUCAGAGUGGUGGUGGGCAGAGCUGCAUGGGGUCACAGGUUAUGCCCCCGCCGACUACCUGCGCCAGGAUGCUGCUGAGGAGGAGGACACCUCCCUCGAGGACCCAUGGCAAGAUGAAGAAUACUUCGGCAGUUAUGGGACACUGAGGCUCCACUUGGAGAUGUUGUCAGAUAAGAGCCGCACUGAGGCGUACCGGCAGGUUAUUCUCAGCAACAGUCCUUCUCUGAGGAAUAAGGUGGUGAUGGACCUCGGCUGUGGGACUGGCAUCAUCAGCCUGUUCUGCGCUCAGCUGGCACAACCCUCAGUGGUGUAUGCUGUGGAGGCGAGCUCCAUGGCAGAGUACACCAGACAACUGGUGAAGCAGAACGGCUGUGAGCAGGUGGUCACGGUGCUCCAAAGACGCGCUGAGGAGAUCGAGCUACCUGAGCAGGUGGAUGUCCUGGUGUCUGAGUGGAUGGGUAACUGCCUGCUGUUUGAGUUCAUGGUGGAGUCAGUUCUUCUGGCCAGGGACCGCUGGCUUAGGGAAGGCGGCGUGAUGUGGCCCUCGUCUGCGACCCUCACCCUGGUGCCAUGUCAGGCCGACAGCUAUUACGCAGAGAAAAUGGCCUUCUGGGAGCGGCCCUACGGCCUGGACUUCACUCCUCUUCAGCCCUUGGCACAGCAGGAGUUCUUCACCAAGCCCAAGUUCAGCCACCUCAUUGAGCCUGAUGACUGCCUCACUGCCCCCUGCGAUGUGAUAUGCCUGGAUAUGUACACUCUGCAAGUCAUAGACCUGGAGGAAAUAAAGGGUCAGUUUCAUUUUUGUGUGGAGAAGUCUGGUGUUUUCCAUGGAUUCACCGCCUGGUUCACUGUUCAGUUCGAGAGCCUGGAGACGGGAGGCGCAGCAGUGGAGCUAAACACCGGACCUAACUCUGAGCCGACACACUGGAAACAGACUCUCUUCAUGCUAGACAGGCCAGUUAGGGUGUGUGCUGGAGACUCCAUCAGUGGAACCAUUGUCCUGCGCAGGAACCCCAUCUGGAGACGCCACAUGAACGUUACCCUGCACUGGAACAUUGACAGCAGCGCAGAGGACACAGAUAACUGCCAGGUUGGGACAAAGAGUUUCCCCAUGUGGAGGUGACAGAUUCUCUGUCAGCGGAGGAGAUCCACAGAAAAACAAUACUAAUACAUCUUCUGUUGAGUUUAAGGGUCGGUGAGGUAUCAGCUGUGAGCUGCUGCUGACCUGGAAUGUAAUGGAAAGUGUGACUGUCGUAUUGUAGUGAAUGUGAUUGUCAAAGGAGGCUCAUCUGGCAGGACAUGUAGUCCUAGUGUUAAGCCUGGUAACUACAGGCCCAGGUGAUGCAGCACACCAUGAACCAUGUUAUAAGAGCAGAUUAACAGAGAAUAGUUGCAUGCUAAGAAUGAACUGUGGAACAUUACUCUUGCUUUGUUGACAAUGGUUGAUAAGUGAAACAACAAAUUGUUUUGAACAGAUAUCAGUGGCCUCAAGGUGCAACAAAAGAAAUGGUUCCGCCCCCAACACUAUGCUUUUGUGUUUAUUUUUACUCCAUGUGCAUAUUGUUUUACAAUAGGCAGUUUAUUUACAUUGUAAUUUGUAUAAGUACAUGCCAAUAGGCUUAUAUGGAUUCAAGAAAACAACAUAAACCAUGAAUUAUUAUGGUUAUAUACUUUUUUCUAUGUUCAAAGAUUAGAGUGAACAAUGUACGCCACUGAAAUGUUACAAAUGUUAAUUAGCCUUAUCGUCUAAAAUAUGCAUUAAAAAACAUUGUAGUACUUACAAAGAUAAUUAAUCGUUCACCAUAAAAUUAAUUAUUCUAAAUAAAAUAACUGUACAAUUAGUAAACUCAUGUUGAUAUAAAUCA